AUGGCUUCAUCUAAGGACAGAGUACUACUGAUCGGCAGCGGUGGUAUUGGUACAAUUGCUGCACUCAAUGUUGAGCGAGGCGGUUUGGCAGAAGUGACAUCUGUUCUGCGGUCCAAUUUCCAAGUGGUCCGUAGCAAGGGAUUCACGAUUAGAUCUUGUCAGCAUGGCGACAUUCAUAAUUGGCGGCCUACCGAAAGUUUGGAUGCCAUUCCCAACAGAUACAAUCCACAGGGCCGGCCAUUUGAUUACAUCGUCUGCUGCACGAAGAAUAUUCCCGACAUCAUUCCCACGUUGUGCGAUAUCAUUGCUCCCGCAGUGACACCUGGCCAUACAGGCAUCGUCUUGAUACAGAAUGGCUUAAAUAUCGAAAGACCGUUCCUCCAUCGAUUCCCGACGAAUGUUAUCAUAUCGGGGAUCAGCAGGAUAGACGCUCACGAAGUCGCACCUGGAAUUAUCGAGCAGAAACAAAACGACCUUUUACAUAUCGGAGCCUUCAAUAACCCUUCUUUGAAUGCCAAGGUACAAGAGGUGGCUGCAAAGCGAUUCGUGGAAAUCUACAGUAUGGGGGGCAAAACUACAUGCCUGUAUCAACCAGAUGUCGAUUUUGAUCGUUGGAGCAAGUUGGUGUACAAUGCCUCUUUCAACCCGAUAUGCGCUUUGACUCGCCUGAACACUGGCGAGUUGCAGAAAACAGGCAGAGUGAUGGAUACACUUGUGAUUCCCGCGAUGAAAGAAGUUCUUGCUGUAGCGAAGAUGGCUGGACAUCCGCUUCCGGAAAGCAUCAUAAGUGAUACGAUACGGAGUAACCCAAUGAACGAGAACAUUACUCCAAGCAUGCAAAUCGAUUUAGAAAAGGGUAAUUUUAUUGAACACGAGAAUAUCAUUGGGGAGGUGGUUCGAGAAGGUCACGAAAGAGGAGUAGCUACGCCCGUGUUAUCUACUUUGUAUGAACUGUGCUGCGCAGUGCAAUGGAAGCUCAAAGAAAAUAGAAAUAACUGCCACUAUACUCUCCCAAUACACGCCAGGCACUACACUUCGCCAGUAGCCUCGCCGCAACCAUCUACAACAGCACCGAAUCUUAGCUUAUUGGACUUGGAACUUAUGCAUAACUUUUGCACGUCGACUUACGCAACGCUAAGCAACGAUGUCGCUAUCCGAGAUCUCUGGCGGAUUCGGAUAGUCAGGCUUUGUCUGAAAUGUGAUUAUGCCAUGUUGGCAGUAUUAUCUGUCUCAGCACUCCACCUCAGCCACUUCUCAACAGAAAGAAAAGAGUUUCUCCGCGAACGCGCUAUAACGUAUCAUAACCAGGCGCUUAGCAUCGCAGCUGCGUUUAUCGAUGCAUACAAUGACAAAAAUGCUCAACAUCUGUUUGCCUUCUCCAUCUUGACUAUCUACUAUUCCUUCGCUCAAACUCCAGAACAUGACGACGGACCGUAUCCUCCUUGGGUAGUCCUGAUAAAAGGCUGCACCAGUUUUAUGGCCUUGGCUCAGAGCACCCUCUUGGUUGGACCUUUCUCAGCCCUGUUUCACAAGGCUCGAAGACGUCUGGAAAUCAGAGAGCAAACCUUCAAAACCGACUAUAUGCAGCAGUUGCGGCUCUUUGUAGAUGAGACAAUCACAGAUCCAGCGCAGCGUUCCAUUUACCAAGAUGCGCUUCAUGCAUUGAACCAGACAUACGGUGUUUUUUAUGAAGUUGAAGGUGAUAAGGAUCUAGUUGAUAUAUUUUCUUGGAUUCAAAAGCAUCAUCCUGAUAGCGACAAGAUGGACCUCUUCGCCCGGAUCGAUACCAAUGCUGAUGGCAAGAUUGAUUUCAAGCUUUACCGGUAUACCCCAUCGUUUCCUGCAGCCAUCGUCGCUGCUGUGAUAUUUGGGAUAUUGUCAUGUCUUCAUACCUGGCGCUUCAGCAAGGCCCGAGCUUGGUACUUCAUCCCGUUCACAAUCGGUGGUGUUUUUGAAACAAUUGGCUACGCUGCCCGAAUCGUAUCUCACAGCAAUAAGGAGUCGGUCAUCCCGUACAGCGUCCAAGCGAUUCUAAUUCUCGUUGCGCCCGCCCUCUUCGCCGCCUCAAUCUACAUGAUCCUCGGCCGAAUCAUCAUCUCCCUUCGAGCCCAACAUCUCUCGUUAAUUCCUGUCCGUUGGUUGACAAAGGUCUUUGUCUGCGGUGACAUUGUCUCGUUUUCCUUACAAGCAGCUGGAGGCGGCAUUCAAGCGUCCGGAACCAUCGAGGCAUAUGACAGGGGAGAGAAGAUCAUACUUGCUGGUUUGUUCAUUCAGGUCGUGGUGUUCGGUUUCUUUGUUAUUACCUCGGGUCUAUUCCACAGGAAGUGCCUCAAAAACCCAACACUGGCUGCUAGAGAGAAUACCUUCCCGUGGACACUUGACCUCAAGGUCUUGUAUACUGUCAGCAUCAUCAUCCUGGUUCGAAGUAUCUUUCGUGUCGUCGAAUAUCUUCAGGGUAAUGACGGCUAUCUGAUUGCUCACGAAGUCUUUCUCUAUAUCUUCGAUGCAAUUUUGAUGGCGAUUGUAAUGGUUAUAUUCCUCAUAUGGUAUGUUGAUCACCUUCAAUACAAGGACGGAAAUGAAUAUGACCUUGAACCUUGUGUUGUUGAUGAGACAAAUUCGUCUUGA